AGAUGGAAUUAUAUAUUCGUCCCCCUAAAAAGCUGUAGACAAGGAUCUAAACUAUCAUAAAACUGAUCUUUGAAAUCGCAAACAUGGAUAGUAGUAUUUCCAUGCCUUGCAUACUGCGCUUUUCCUAAAUAUUUUUCUCCCCUCACACCCCCGCCACAGGCAAUGCAGCCCCAAAAUGUGUCCACUGUGACUGAGUUUCAGCUGUUAGGAUUCCAGAACCUUCUUGAGUGGCAGACCUUGCUCUUUGCCGUUUUCCUGCUCGUCUACUUCCUCACCAUCGCAGGGAAUGUUGUCAUCAUCUCAGCGGUGAGCCAGGACGCGCGACUGCAGUCACCGAUGUACACGUUCCUCAAGCAUCUCUCGUUUCUGGAGAUCUGGUACACAUCCACCACUGUGCCUCUUCUCCUGGCCAACCUGCUGUCCUGGGGACAGGCCAUCUCCUUCUCCGCCUGUAUGGCACAGCUCUACUUCUUUGUGUUCUUCGGGGCCACCGAGUGCUUUCUCCUGGCCGCGAUGGCCUAUGACCGGUAUCUGGCCAUCUGCAGCCCGCUCCGCUACUCCUUCCUCAUGAGUCCUGACGUCUGCACCAAGCUGGUGGCAAUCUCCUGGCUGACAGGAGUCGGCACAGGCCUUCUGCCUUCCCUGAUGAUUUCUAAGUUGGACUUCUGUGGGCCCAACCGGAUCAACCAUUUCUUCUGCGAUCUGCCUCCACUCAUGCAGCUCUCAUGUUUGGACGGUUUUCAUGCUACGGUAUGCUUUAUCCUGUCAGUUGCUGUGCUGUGUAUUUGUUUUUUUCUGACACUGGUGUCCUAUGUUCUCAUCUGUCCUCUCCAUAUUGAGAAUCCCUUCUGCCUCUGGCGGACGAAGACCUUUUCCACUGUGGUUCCCAUCUGGCUGUGUCACUAUCUACUAUGGACUAUGAUUCCCAUGUAUGUGCACCCUGAAGUCCACCAGUCACCUGAAGCAAAGGUCAUUUCUGUCUUCUACAGUGUCACUCCACUGCUGAACCCAGUUAUCUGCUUGAGGAACAAAGACUUCAAAGAAGUACUGUUAGAGCCAUGA